AUGGGCUGGACGGAGGAUGGCACCGGCGCACCGCGGCAACCCGACGGGCGGCGCCAAGCACUUCUUCCUUGCACUCUCGGCUUUCCACCAAAGCGCGGAGGAGGAGCAUCGAACAAACCAUCAAGCAUCAUCCACAUCCCCGCUUUCUUGUCUAAUCGCGUGUGCCUGAGAAAACAAGCCAAUCCAAUCCACUCCAUUCCGAUCCGCUCCUCUCUCGAAUCAUGUCGCGCCCUCACUGUUGUUGUUGUCGUCGCGCCUGCUUCUGACACGCCCAUCUUCGUCCAGGCUACCGGUCUUCCCAGCGGCUGGGAGGUUAGACACUCCAACUCAAAGAACCUUCCCUACUACUUCAACCCCUCGACCAAGGAGAGCAGAUGGGAGCCUCCUUCAGGCACCGACAGCGAGACUCUGAAGCACUACAUGGGCACCUACCACAGCUCUGCCAGCCUGCGACCUGACGGCCAAGGCCAACAAGAGGGCAAGAUCCGCGCCUCGCACCUGCUCGUCAAGCACAGAGACUCUCGCCGUCCCUCGAGUUGGCGUGAGGCCCAGAUCACUCGCUCAAAGGACGAUGCCAUGACCAUCAUCCUGGGCCAUGAGGCCAGAAUCAGAAGCGGCGCAACCAGCCUUGGCGAUCUGGCUACCACCGAGAGCGAUUGCAGCAGUUCUAGAAAGAGAGGUGACCUCGGUUUCUUUGGCAAGGGCGAUAUGCAGAAGGAAUUCGAAGACGCCGCUUUCGCCUUGAAGCCUGGCGAGGUGAGCCAUGUUGUCGAGACUGCCUCUGGACUGCACUUGAUUGAACGCCUGGAGUAGAGUUUUCGUGUUUCUUAUCCUUUCUGCCUCUCCGCGAUAUACCAUCUUUGGACUUAUUCUCCGCGUCCGACGCCGGCCUUUGUAUUCGUCCGGUCUUGAGAUCUCCUUCUGUGUACUCGGCUGAACGAAAAAAAGCAUCCCUUUCUGAUUGCUCCUACAUCUCACUACGUGGCCUUCUUUCCUGUUCCGAGCGCAGCCAAGCCCUGGGUGAUUUACACUGGUCUAGCAGUGAAAGUGAAGCUUGUCAUAGCCGCCUAGAGGUUUGCGGUAUCGUUUGACUUCGGCCAACGAACACUAUUCGUUCGGUCACAACCCAAUCUCGCAGUAUCCUGGGCGAACAAACCAUACACCAAUGUCAUUAUGACGGCCAGCUAUGUCUGUCUUACGAUUUGGUCGAUGAAAGGUCCGCAGAUAUGUCUUAUCUGUGUUGUUUCCGUCCAUGUGUGAUCUGGCAGCAG